UUUAUAAUUUGUUUUCAGAUGGCCAACUUAGCAUUUAUACGAGGUCAGCUGGAAAAUGCGGAACAGCUUUUUAAAGCAACUAUGAGUUACCUGCUUGGAGGGGGCAUGAAGCAGGAAGACAAUACAAUAAUUGAAAUCUCCCUGAAGCUGGCCAGUAUUUAUGCUGCUCAGAAUAGACAGGAAUUUGCUCUUGCUGGCUAUGAAUUCUGCAUUUCUACUCUGGAGAAAAAAAUUGAAAGGGAAAAGAAACUAACAGAAGACAUUAUAUCAG